UGCCGAUAUAUAUUACAUCCGCUGGACCGCUUCUGUCCCAUAUUACAUAUGGUCUUCUCUUAUAUCAUACCAUAUAUCACAUAAUUUCAUCCAAAAAUUCACUUGUUUAUGGCUAAUGAAUUUUUGAUAAAAUCAAUGGCAAGUUCAAGUUGUAGUACGUCUGAUCGAAACAAUGAAGAAAACUUAUACCAAUCAUGGAUGUACAAUCAAAAUCAAGAACUAAAUGAGCUUGAAAACGCUGCUACACUAGCCAGAGAAAACCAGAAAAACGACACCGAACUGAAUCAACUGUUGGCGAGAAUGGUGAACAAUUUCCAGGGCUACGUUAAUGGUCGUAGCCGACUGGCUCGAGUCGACGUCUCGCCAUAUUUUGCACCCACUUGGUGCACCCCUUUAGAGAAUUCAGUCCUGUGGAUUGGUGGGUGCAGACCAUCUUCGUUCAUUCGGCUAAUUUAUGCUCUUUGUGGUAUGGAAAUUGAGUCACAUCUCACUGAGUUUUUACAGGGUACGAAAAUUAGUGAUUUUGGUCAGCUUUCUGGUGAGCAAGUAACUAUGAUUGAUAAGUUGCAAAGAAAGAUUAUUGUAGAAGAAAGGAAGCAUUGUUCAAAGUUAGCUAGCUUGCAAGAAGAUGUAGUUGAUCAACCGAUCGCCACUGCGGCAAAAAACCGCGAGAACGAAGAGGAGCCCUUGAAUAAACAUGGUCAGGGUAUGACAACUUUACUAGAAGAGGCUGAUGAGUUGAGGAUGAACGCCCUGAAGGAGAUACUGGGCAUAUUGACACCAAUUCAAGGUGUGGAAUACUUAGCAGCAGCUAAGAGAAUAAGGCUAUGUUUGCAACGAUGGGGCAGGAAGAGGGAGCAAGAGCAUAAUAAUUAGCUAGAGAUCAAUUUGAACACACUGAAUUUGUUGUACAUAUGCCAAAUCGUGAAUUUUGUUAUAAAUAUACUCCCUCCGUUUUAAUUUA